AUGGCAUUGUUUGGUAGGAAAUACGAUGGUGAAGAUGGGAAGAAGUUCAAGAAGUUAAUGAAAGAGGUCAAUGAUUUAUUAGGUAGCGCGAGCAUAGGGGAAUAUAUACCAUGGUUGGGUUGGAUUAGUCAUGUUAACGGGUUAUAUGCAAAAGUCGAGAGAGCGGCUAAACUGUUUGACGAUUUUUUGGAGACUGUGAUUCGAGAACAUAAUAAAGGUUACGACAAAAAAUACGAACACGGUGGAGAUAAAGAGUCGUAUUUCAUCGACAGAUUGCUCCAACUUCAGAGAGAGAGUAUAAACAGCAGCUCGCCUAUUAUAGAUGAUACGGUUAAGGCUCUUAUCGUGGACAUGCUUACUGCUGGAACCGACACCACAGUCACAGCUCUCGAGUGGGCAAUGGCAGAGCUUAUAAAGAAUCCACGAACCAUGAAAACCCUACAGAACGAAGUGCGAAAAGUUGUCGCGAGUAAUAACAAAGAUACAAUAAACGAGGAUGAUAUCGAAAAAAUGCCUUACCUCAAAGCAGUGAUAAAAGAGUCAUUGAGACUCCAUUCGCCAAUUCCUUUGCUCAUGCCUCACGAAUCCACUCACGACACGAAAGUCAUGGGCUACGAUAUAUCUGCCGGGACAAGGGUCGUGAUAAACACGUGGGCCAUCGGGAGGGACCCAACAUCUUGGGCCGAUCCUGAAAAUUUUAUUCCCGAGAGGUUCUUGAAUUCGGAAGUUGAUUUCAGAGGCAAACAUUUCGAGUUAAUCCCGUUUGGCGCUGGCCGAAGGGGAUGCCCUGGGAUUAAUUUCGGUGUGGCUGUUGAUGAGCUUGGAUUAGCCAAGUUGGUGUACCAUUUCGAUUUCGAACUGCCGAAUGGAGAAAAGGGAGAGGAUUUGGAUAUGAGUGAAUCUGGAGGAAUAACAGUUCAUAAAAAGCUUCCAAUGCUUGUGGUUGCCACUCCAUAUAAUUGUGUUUUAACAGUUUAA